AAGCACCCAAAUCGACGAAUUCUUCCCCCCUCUCCGAUCUCGACGCGCACCGAUGCGGGCGAUGUCGUCGGCGGUUAAUGGUAUGCUGCGGGCACGGCUGCGCGGGGCAGCGCGCGUUCGCGGCGGCGGCGGCGAGGGGGCCGGGCGGUGGACGACCCCAGGUCACGAGGAGCGCCCCAAGGGGUACCUCUUCAACCGGCCGCCGCCGCCUCCGGGGGAAUCUCGCAAGUGGGAGGAUUGGGAGCUGCCCUGCUACGUGACCUCCUUCCUCACCGUCGUCAUCCUCGGCGUCGGCCUCAACGCGAAGCCCGACCUUACAAUCGAGACGUGGGCGCACCAGAAGGCGCUCGAGCGCCUCCAGCAGCAGGAGCUCGCCGCUGCCGACACCCAGGCCGAGUGAUCCGCGCGUCUCAGGUCCUCUCGAACUCUCGGCUGCCUCUGAUUUGGUUCCAAUAAGAUGGCCACAAUGUGCGGUCCUGAAUGUUCUGGACUUCUGGUAUUGAUGGAACACGAGCUGAACACUAUGCUGCUGUUUUUUCUGUUCUGUUUUGAAAUUUGCCCGGUGAUGAUGGCGAAUGUCCUGAAUAUUCUGAAUAUUUUGAAAUGUUUGACUGUUGUAUUA